AUGCUAUCCACCGACUUUGCCGUUAGAGAUCGUAUUGGAAAGAAUAUCCAAGGAAAUGGAACAUGCUACGUCACCGAAGGCACAAAUCUACUAGGAUUAGAGUGGUGCAUCCAGUUUCUGGCCUAUAAGGAGUUAAAGAACAAGUACCACUGCCGCAAGGAGCAGGCAGUUCCAGUCUUCAAGAAAAAGCGACCAGUUCCAUACGCAACCGCACCGGAACUGGAGGAAGAAAUCGAUUGGUUGGUUGCAGAAGGUGUGAUUUCUGCACGAUGGAAGCUGAUAUUGCUUGCCUACGACUUGGAUCUCGACUAUCGGAAGACAACCGAGUUUGGACAAGCCGAUGCCCUAUCUCGCCUAAUUCCUCCAAAACCGUUCCAGACCGAAGAAGUUGUGAUGCAAGGAUAG